CAUACCCUGAAGGUUUUUAUGUCCAACCAGAAAACUGAGCUUCAGUCGAAAACUACCGUCUGUGGCUGCGCAAGGGCAUUUCGUUUACGGGUCGUACCAUCAUUUGUGUCUAUUAAAUCAGUAAAAUAAAAUCAAAUAAAUUUAAACAAAAUACAAGAAAAAAAGACUUACUAAAAUGUUCUUUGACUUGUCAUCGAAUCAAAAAAUAUAAAGUGUUUAAAAUUAAAUUAACAAAUAUACCUUCGAAGGGAAUUUAAAUACCUUUUUAGUAUCCAGUGCGACGAAUAUACAUACAAUUUUAUAUAUUUUGAAUACAAAACAUCUCAUGGAUACACACAUACGCAGUCAAAUCUAAACAAAAACACACUACAAUUGUAUACACAUGCAUUGUUGCCUUAUUACAACCAAUCUGUGACAAUUUCCGUCAAAAUUUUCAUACAUAUGUACAUAAGUCGCGCGUACCUGUUUAAUCAUUACUGUGUGUGACAUAUAUAAAUUAAUUUGUAAUCUACAUAAGUCAUAAUAAUACUUCAUAAUGAUUCAUACAAAUAUCUAAUAUUUUUUUUACGAACGAUUUAUUAUGAAUUUUAUAUAGUAUUCGUAAAAAAACAAUCGAAUAUGAUGUUGUGAUAUUUUGAAUAAAAAACAACUAUAAUAAUAAUUUUAAAAAUACUCGUACAAAUACCAUUUAGAAAAAAACGUAGCAACAAUUGCAUAUAUGAAACCAAAAAAUACAUAAAUAAAGAAAGAAAUUUACGGAUUUUAUUGAUUAUUCCUUUAGCAAGCCAAUCAAUACAUUGAUUAUUAAAUUCAUUUGAUCAUCAAAGGUUAAACAACUAAUUCAAUUCAAAUGCACAUCCUACACCGAACUAAUGAUCAUCAAUUUGAGGAUCAAAAAUUUAUGAUGGAACGCUUGACUAGCCAUGGGAGUUUGGGACUUUCAAGCAAUAGCCCGGCUUAUACAACACAUACAGGAAGUCAUGCUAGUAGGGGUGGUCCAACAGCUGGUCAUAGUGGACAUGGUGGAACUCAUAGUUCUGCUGCAACUAUGCAUCACCAGUCGUUACAGUCUGACUUUCAACCUCCAUACUUUCCACCUCCCUUUCAUCAUUCUACACAAAGUCCUCCUCAACAACAGAUACCUGCGUACUUACAGAACCAUGGUGCUUUAGAGUAUCUAGGAACAGAUCCUUAUGGGCAACCUUUACCAACAUUACAUCACACACCCCUCCAUCAUUACAAUCAGUUAGCUGGACUGAGAAGUACUCAAGAUCAAUUAGGUAUACAUCGAUCUCAUAGAGAAGCGGAACUACAAGGACACGUGACACAAUUAUCACAUGGAUUUCCAUAUUCCGACCGAAGAAGUGAUUAUGGAAGUGGUUUAUCAACUGGUGCUACCCAUGGAGGACGUCUUACACACGAUCACGAUCCUUUAGCUUUGCAUCAAGCUCUGCAAAAUGCUGUGGAUGAUGGUCAAAAUACAGGAAUAGACGAUAAUGUUGGUUUUAUGUCGGACCUACCUCUAAUAAAAAGCAUGAAAAGUGGGAAAGAUGUCGGAAAUAUUAGCUCAGGUUCUCCUAGCGAAGUAUUUUGCGCAGUUCCUGGUCGUUUAAGCCUUUUGUCCAGUACCUCUAAAUACAAGGUAACAAUUGCCGAAGUUCAGCGAAGACUGUCUCCUCCAGAAUGCUUAAAUGCUUCCCUAUUGGGUGGAGUUUUAAGAAGAGCAAAAAGUAAAAAUGGCGGCAGACUUUUAAGAGAAAAACUUGAAAAAAUUGGAUUAAAUUUACCAGCAGGAAGGCGUAAAGCUGCAAACGUUACUUUAUUAACAUCAUUAGUUGAGGGUGAAGCUGCACAUUUGGCCAAAGAUUUUCACUUUGUUUGUGAAACUGAAUUUCCGGCCCGACAAUUGGCCGAAUACAUUGUGCGACACAACACCGAACCACAAGAUUCUUAUAGAAGAAAAGAGCUUUUAAUGCAUUCGCAACAGAUUACAAAGGAACUUAUGCAAGUCCUUAGCCAAGAUCGCACAACACAAUAUGGGACGAGAUCUCAACAUUUAUUAGAGCCUUCCAUGCAACGUCAUUUAACACAUUUCUCACUAAUAACGCAUGGAUUCGGGUCACCAGCUAUAAUGGCCGUAUUGCAUGCUUUCCAGACAUUUCUAAAUGAAUCGGUGAAUUAUCUCGAAAAGCUGUAUCCAUCAAAUGGUGGGGGCAUGGUGUCAUCAUCUCUUGACAAAAACAAAAUGGACGGAGAUAAGAAAUGAUAAUGCGAUUGCAUUUAAAUUUAUUAAAACGUUUAAAACGUAUUUGUACGAGUAUUUAAUUUAUAAUUAAUAAGUAAUUAUGUAAUGUAUGUAUGUACGUAUAAACAAUAUGUAAAUAUGUAUGUUAGACUGCCUCACAGUCCGUAAAAAAGCGUUUUCUCUCAUCUCGUUUGAAAAGUGAAGAAAACUGGCCUAUAAUUUGAAAACUUGUUAACUUUUUUGAGGCGGAAAAUAAAUGUAUAACAUGAUGUAUGUAUGUACGUUUAAGUCUAUGUAAAUUAAUAGCAAAUUAAUUUUGAGAUGAAUUAUUUUUAUUAUUUAGUACAAUAAGUAGCAAAAACAUGCUCUACGUAUUAUGCAAUAUGCAUAACAUGUAUAUAUAUAAAUUCUUAAGUAAGUAAUUACAUACAUACAUAUAUAAAUAUGUAUAUAUGUAAUAUGUAGGUAUUAAUUUUAAUGCGGGUACUUUUAAGUGACCCUUUUAUGCUGUCACCAAUGAUAAUAUUGUUGGAGAAUUUAGGAUUUUUUUAUAUUUUUGACAGUAUAAGCCGUAUGUAUCUACGACCCAAUUUAAAAUUUAUGUAAGAUAUUUAUAGAAAUCACACAAAACAAUGCAUUACAAUGCAAUUUACCAAUAAGCUAUGGUCAUAUUUGGUUAAAUGUAUCCUAAAUUUUCAGCAUAUGUAUAAUUAUAUUUUCUACAGGGUAAUUAGGUAAAAUAAAUCAAUAGUAUUUUCGUGUGACAAAUUUCAUAACAGUUAAAUAAAAGUUUGCAAAAAUGAGAAAAAUAGUCAAUACUUUUGAGGUGAAACUAGACAGCAGGUAUUAUACGUUGCUACGCUUUAUAUUCAUGUGUCAGACAUUCCGCUACUCAAAACUUUUGACGCGUUGGCGUCUGAUCAGAUUUUUGUUUCAUGUAGAAGAAAUAAUAUAGUUCAAGAUUUUACCUAUAGAUUUGUCAAACAUAUUUUCUGAAGUUUUUUUUUAUAAAAACUAAAAAUUGUAUUGAAGUUUUUUUCCCGAGAAUUUGUUAUAACCGAAUAUAUUUUUUUCAAGUAUACUUUGUUUAUUCAUUAUUUAAGAUCCUACAAAAGUCCUACAAAAAAAUAAACAUUAGCUAAAAAUAGUGGAUACGAUUAUUUUCAUUUAAUAUUUUUUAACUGUGAACAUAGCUUAUCUUUACUCAUCCAUAUAAAUUGGUUAAGGAUUUUUUAUUUAGGUGAAACAAAAUAAAAACUACUUAUAUAAAUUAUUACAUUCAAAAUACAUUAUAAAUAAAUUAGUAACAAAUAGUUGUUUUUAUUAAAUGAAUAAAAAUUAUAAUA